AUGCCCCAGCGUGCUCAUAAAGCUCUCUCGUGCGUUCUCUCACGCACUCUCUCACGCACUCUCUCACGCACUCUCACGCACUCUCUCACGCGCUCUCUCACACUCUCUCACGUGCUCUCUCACCUGCUCUUUCAGGGCUCUCUCACGUGCUCUCACACACUCUCACGCGCUCCCUCACGCGCUCUCUCACACUUUCUCUCACGCGCUCUCUCACGCCCUCUCUCACGUGCGCUCUCACGGACGCCUUCACGCGUCUCUCACGCGCUCUCUCACGCGCUCUCUCCUCGCUCUCUCACGCGCUCUCUCACGCGCACUCUCCUCGCUCUCUCACGCGCUCUCUCACGCGCACUCUCACACGCUCUCUCAUGUGCUCUCUCACGUGCGCUCUCACGCGCGCUUUUACGCGCUCUCUCACGCGCUCUCUCACGCGCUCCCUCACGUGCUCUCUCACGCGCUCUCUCACGCGCACUCUCAUGCACUCUCUCACGCGUCUCACUCGCUCUCUCACGCGCUCUCUCUCACGCGCUCUCUCUCACGCGCUCUCUCUCAUGCGCUCUCUCUCAUGCGCUCUCUCUCACGCGCUCUCUCUCACGCGCUCUCUCUCACGCGCUCUCUCUCUCUCAUGCGCUCUCUCACGCGCUCUCCCACGCGCUCUCCCACGUGCUCCCUCACGUGCUUUCUCUCACGCACUCUCACUUGCACUCUCACGUGCACUCUCACGUGCACUCUCACUCGCACUCUCAUUCGCUCCCUCACGCGCACUCUCAUCUGCACUCUCACGCGCUCUCUCACGCGCACUCUCACGAGCUCUCUUACGCGCACGAGCACUCUCACGCGCACGCGCUCUCUCACGCGCACGCUCUCCCUUACGCGCAUGAGCUCUCUCACGCGCUCUAUCACGCGCACUCUCAGGAGCACUCUCACGGGCACGCGCUCUCUCACGCGCUCCCUCACGUGCUCUCUCACGCGCUCUUUCACGUGCUCUCUCACGCGCUCUCUCUCACGCGCUUUCUCUCACGCGCUCUCUCUCACGCGCUCUCUCUCAUGCGCUCUCUCUCAUGCGCUCUCUCUCACGCGCUCUCUCACGCGCUCUCUCUCACGCGCUCUCUCUCACGCGCUCUCUCUCAUGCGCUCUCUCACGCGCUCUCCCACGCGCUCUCCCACGUGCUCCCUCACGUGCUCUCUCUCACGCACUCUCACUUGCACUCUCACGUGCACUCUCACGUGCACUCUCACUCGCACUCUCAUUCGCUCCCUUACGCGCACUCUCAUCUGCACUCUCACGCGCUCUCUCACGCGCACUCUCACGAGCUCUCUUACGCGCACGAGCACUCUCACGCGCACGCGCUCUCUCACACGCACGCGCUCCCUUACGCGCAUGAGCUCUCUCACGCGCUCUAUCACGCGCACUCUCAGGAGCACUCUCACUCGCACGCGCUCUCUCACGCGCUCCCUCACGUGCUCUCUCGUGCGCUCUCUCGUGCGCACUCUCACGCGCGCUUUCCUGCGUGUUCGCUCCCGUGUACAUGCUCUCCCUCGCGCUCCAUGGGGUUGGAGACGCCACAAGAGCUGGAGCACGCGGGCGGUAGGGAAGCGUCAGGGCACCCCGCAUUAGGCGCGGGACCGAGCGCGAACCAGUCAGGGGGAGAGGCGCCGCACCCGGCAAAUGCGGAGGCGAAAGCGGAGAUGGACGCGGAUGAAGCAGCGCGGGAGAAGCAGCGGAGAAAGCAGAGCUCGACAGGGCAGGUGAUGGAGGUGCCGCCCAUGGACGAGUACUUGUGCCCCAUCUCGGGCGACGUCAUGGACGACCCCGUUACGAUCGCGUCGGGCCACACCUUCGACCUCAAGUCCAUUCAAAAGUUCUUCGACGAGGGCAACAAGCACUGCCCCGUAACGCAGGAGCCGCUGGAGAACCUCGAGAUGACGCGCAACGAGGACAUGGCGCGAUCCAUCGACGAGUGGCGCGCGCGCAACACGGUGAUGCGCAUCCAGGCGGCGCGGCCGAAGCUGCAGUCAGCGAAGGAGGAGGAGGUGGAGGGCGGGCUGCUGGAGCUGUUCCAGCUGUGCGAGGAGCGCGCCACCAACCGGUACUGGGUGGCGGCGGAGGGGCUCAUCCCCGUCGUCGUCAACCUCCUCAAGUCCACCAGCCGCAACCUCCGACGGAAAACGCUCGCCACGCUCGCCAACCUCGCCAACGGGAAUGACGAGAACAAGGAGCUGGUGGUGGACGCAGGCGCCAUUCAGCUGGCCGUGCGCUCUCUCUCCCGUGAUGUGGGCGAGAGCCGGCAGGCCGUGGCGCUGCUGCUGGAGCUGUCGAAGAGCCCCAAGGUGUGCGAGGAGAUAGGGCGCGCGCAGGGCUCCAUCCUGCUGCUCGUCACCAUGCUCAACAACGAGAACGCCAACGCCGCCAAGGACGCGGCGGCCGUGCUGCAGCAGCUGGCCAGCAACGACCAGAACGUCGUGCAGAUGGCCGAGGCCAACCACUUCAAACCGCUCGCCGACCGCCUCACCACAGGCUCGGACAUGACGCGGAUCGUGAUGGCGAGCGCACUAUCCCGCAUGUCCUUGACGGACCAGAGCAAGGCAGUGCUGGUGCAGCAGGGCGCCAUCCCGCCGCUCGUCACCAUGAUCGCCGCGGGCAAGCUCGAGGCCAAGGCAGCGGCCCUGGGCGCGCUGCAGAACCUCUCGUCGCUGGCGGCCAACCGCAACGAGCUCAUCCGCGCGGGCGUGGUGCCGCCGCUGCUGACGCUGCUCUUCUCCGUGACGUCCGUGGUGAUGAGCCUCAAGGAGGGUGCCGCCGCCAUCCUCGCCAACAUCUCCCUGGCGGCGGGCGCACAGGCGGAGACUCGGAUCGACGGCAGCGGGGCCAUUCUGGAGUCGGAGGAGACCAUCUUCCAGCUGCUCUCGCUCAUGAACCUCGCUGGCCCCAACAUCCAGGUGAAUCUACUGAAGGCGCUGCUGGGCAUGGCGUCGGUACCGCAGGCCAUGGAAGUGCGCAACCGCAUGAUAGUGGGCGGAGCAGUCGACGUCCUCAUCCCCUUCAUUGACGGCUCUGAAGGGGGGCCAGCAACGCGCCCGUUGGCAGCGAGGGUGUUGAGGGAGCUGUCAAAGGAGGCGGAGGCGGGCAGGAGUGUGGCGGGCAGCCUCAUGGAGGGGCAGGCAGCGGCGCUCAAGGCCAUCAUCGCCAUGCUGCACGACAAGGACUCGUUUGAUAACCGCGCUGCUGCUGCCGGCCUCAUCGCUGCGCUGCCUGCCACUGACGCCAAGCUCAACCAGGCUCUCGUGCAGGCGGAUGUGGUGCAGACGCUGGUGACGAUGCUGGGCAUGAAGGGGGGCGGCGUGGGCACCAACGCGCAGCUCAAGGAUGCGGCGCUGGAGGGCGCUGCUAACGCCCUCGUGCGCUUCACUCUCCCCUCCAACAUCAAGCAGCAGCAGCAGCUGGCGGAGCUAGGAGCCAUCCCGCAGCUGGUAACCCUGCUGGUGACGGGCAACGCGGGGGCGAAGAGGGGAGCAGCGCUGUGCCUGGGCAACUUCUCCGACUCCACCCCCACGCUCUCCGUGUCCGUCAAGGCCAAGUCGGGCGGGUGCUGCUUCAAGGCGCCCGAGGAGCCCAAGUGUGUGGUGCACGGGGGCACGUGCUCCGUGCGCGCGUCCUUCUGCCUGCUGGAGGCGGAGGCCAUCGACCCGCUCGUGGGCGCCAUGGGCGAGAAGGACCCUCUCACGGCCGAGGCCGCUCUCACGGCGCUGUCCACGCUCAUGGCGGACUCGUGCCGCUGGGAGGCCAGCGUCAAGAUCAUCCAUGAGUCUGGCGGGUUUGGGCGGGUGGUGCAGCAGCUGAGUGAGGGCACGGAGAGGGCGAAGGAGAAGGGGGUGUGGAUGUUGGAGAAGCUGUUUCGCCUCGAGGAGUACAAGUUUGAGUACGCCACCAAGGCGCAGGGCGCGCUCAUUGAGAUCACCCAACACGGCUCCAACGAGACCAAGCCCGUCGCUGCUAAGAUCUUGAGCCAUCUCGAGCUGCUGCACCAACAGUCUAGCUAUUUCUGA